AUGUUACAAGUGCAGAAGAGUCUUCCUGUGAUGAAAUAUUACUUCACAACAUUACUGUCUUUCCCGUCUUUGUGCCACUCUGCCCCGCUCUCCCCCACCCCUGUCUUUGUGCCACUCUGCCCCGCUCUCCCCACCCCUGUCUUUGUGCCACUCUGCCCCGCUCUCCCCCACCCCUGUCUUUGUGCCACUCUGCCCCGCUCUCCCCACCCCUGUCUUUGUGCCCUCUGCCCGCUCUCCCCCACCCCUGUCUUUGUGCCACUCUGCCCCGCUCCCCCACCCUGUCUUUGUGCCACUCUGCCCCCCUCUCCCCCCCACCCCUGUCUUUGUGCCACUCUGCCCCGCUCCCCCACCCCUGUCUUUGUGCCACUCUGCCCCGCCCCCCCACCCCUGUCUUUGUGCCCUCUGCCCCUCUCCCCCACCCCUGUCUUUGUGCCCUCUGCCCCGCUCUCCCCCACCCCUGUCUUUGUGCCCUCUGCCCCCGCUCUCCCCACCCCUGUCUUUGUGCCACUCUGCCCCGCUCUCCCCCACCCCUGUCUUUGUGCCACUCUGCCCCGCUCUCCCCACCCCUGUCUUUGUGCCACUGCCCCGCUCUCCCCCACCCCUGUCUUUGUGCCACUGCCCCGCUCUCCCCCACCCCUGUCUUUGUGCCACUCUGCCCCACUCUCCCCCCACCCCUGUCUUUGUGCCACUCUGCCCCACUCCCCCCACCCCCUGUCUUUGUUUGUUUUUCUUCUCUGUCCCACUCUCCCCCACCUUUCUUUUUCUCUGUCUGUACUGCCUUUCUUGCUGUCCACUAUGUCUCUCUCUCUCUGUAUCUUUCAAUUCACUCUUAUUUCUCAACCUUUAUUCAUUUUUUCCCUUUUUUUAUUAUUCCCUUUGAAAUAUUUUUUUUCAUUCUUUCUUGCUUUCCACAAUAUUUUUCACUCCUUUUUCAUUCCUUACAUUUGCUUUAAUUUUUUGCAUCUUUCUUCCAUUUUUAUUUCCUUUUUGUGUUCUUCUUCCUCUCAAAUAUUUUCCCUUUUUUUUUUUUUUUUAAAACUUAAUCUAUUCUUUGAUUCUUUCUCUUUUUUUCUUCCUUAUUUUGAUAAAAUCUUUUUAUUCAUUUUCACAUUUUCUUUGAUUUAUUUUUUUACUUCAUUAAUUUCAUUCCCUAUUCUCAAGUCAAUCAAUAAUUGGUUUUUUUUUGUUUCUUAUCUGAUUACUUUCCUUCUUAUUCAUGACCAUUAA